AUGACGACUAGAUAUAGGGUUGAAUAUGCCCUCAAGACGCAUCGUCGAGAUCAAUUGAUUGAAUGGAUCAAGGGGCUCCUGGCUGUGCCAUUCGUUCUGCACUCGCAGCCAACAGCUGUCUUCGAAGCACACCAUGCGUCGGUGGAUCAAAUGGCUUUGACCACCCAGAGGCGAUAUGCUGAGAUUUUGCGAGACGUGGAAGAGCUGAUCAAUGACCAUAUCAAGCAUCAGCAAGAAGGUACCCAUGAUCGUUCCAAGCUGAAAUUGCUGGUACCCUCCGUCGCCAAUUUCUUCACGCCGCUCGCAUUGCAUGAUGCAUUCAUAUGGCAGGACCAGCGCCGCUACAUUAGUUACAGACGAUUUGUGCCGCCCUCAUUCAACGAUGUCAGGUUGAUACUCAACACCGCACAGGUCAUGAGCUUGGUUCGAGGCGGUCCUUUGGAACUAGUCACAUUCGAUGGUGACGUUACGCUCUACGAUGACGGGCAGUGUCUGACGCCUGACAACCCGGUGAUACCUCGAAUCUUAAAGCUGAUGCGCAAUGGUUCCAAGAUUGGUAUUGUAACAGCCGCAGGAUAUACAGAAGCUCGCCGCUACUAUGAUCGUUUGUACGGGUUGCUGGAUGCUCUGCAUGCUUCCGACAUGCCGGCCGCCAACAAGCAAGGUCUCAUCGUCUUGGGUGGUGAGAGCAACUACUGCUUCAAGUUCACGGGCGACACUCCGGAUUUCCUGAAAUGGGUGCCUCGAUCGGAGUGGCUGUUGGAAGAGAUGCUUAUGUGGCAGGACGCGGAUAUCACGGAGCUGCUCGACCUGGCUGAGGCAUCGUUGAGGGACACAGUCAAGAACAUGCGCAUGCAAGCCACGGUUGUUCGGAAAGAUAGGGCAGUGGGUAUCAUACCUCAAGACGGCCACAAGUUCUGCCGAGAGACCCUGGAGGAGACUGUGCUCAUCACGCAAAAGAUUCUGGAAAUGUCCGCGGUUGGCUCACGCCUGCCAUUCUGCGCUUUCAAUGGUGGAAACGAUGUUUUUGUAGACAUUGGUGACAAGUCCUGGGGUGUCCUGGCCUGCCAACGAUACUUUGGCGGCAUCGAGGGCGGCAAAACAUUACAUGUUGGCGACCAGUUCUUGUCCGCCGGCGCAAACGACUUCAAGGCGCGGUUGGCCUGCACCACGGCAUGGAUCGCGAAUCCGGCAGAAACGGUUCAAUUGUUAGAUGAGAUUUCCGAACUGGACGAGCUGCAGCAGCGUAAGACCCGGUGA